AUGUUGAACCGAAAUCGUUUUAAGAAGUUGGUACCACAAUCUAAGGAGCCAGAAGAUGACGAUACUGAUAAUUUAAGCGGGAAACAGGCACAACAGAGUACACUACUUCCAAAGGGUCGAAACUAUAAAGUAUAUUGGAGACAUAUUUUAAUAUGGUUAUGCCUUUGGUUCAUGUUGAUUAAUUACUACGAGAGGAUGGUAGUUAAGAGAGUCAUUAAAAGAUGUAAUUGGAACCGUUGGGAGAAUUGGCCAAAAGGCGCACAACCUCAUAGGAUUGGGUUGUUCGCUGAUCCACAAAUUAUGGAUACCUAUGCUUAUCCGAAUAACACAUGGAUAACGUAUCAGGUAAGUAGGUUUGUGAUUGAUAAUUAUCAUAGAAGGAAUUGGAAAUUUGUGCAGUAUUAUUUGGAUCCGGAUACGAAUAUCUUUCUGGGUGAUCUGUUUGAUGGCGGUAGAAUUGCGAAAGAUGAGGAUUGGAUGGAUGAGUACCGGAGGUUUAAUAGGCUCUUCCCCAAGAUCCCUUCCAAGAAGACUAUCAUGUCGAUACCGGGGAACCAUGAUAUUGGCUUUGGUGAUGAAAUUAUAGAAGAUGCAAGAAAGAGGUUUACAGCAUAUUACGGCGAAUCUAAUGAUUAUAUUGAUAUUGGAAAUCAUACGAUUGUUCUAUUGGAUACUAUGUCACUGUCAGAUCAUAAAAAUCCUGAGAUUAAAUCAAUUGCUCAAACUUUUCUGGAUGAAUUUUCCCAAAGUUAUCAUCCAUUACCAAAAAUUCUGCUUUCACACGUACCGCUCUGGAGAGAUCCUAACCAGCUUCCCUGUAAGGGUCCUGGCAGAGAAUCAAAGAAACCUUUCCCUAUUGAAAGAGGUCCGCAGUAUCAGACGGUCAUUGACGGAUACAUUACGCCGGAAGUUUUGGGCAAAGUUCAGCCGGAAGUUAUCUUUUGUGGUGAUGAUCAUGAUUACUGUCACAUCACGCAAACGUAUGAUGUCAAUGGUGUAGUAAAGACCGCUGAAGAAUACACGGUGAAGUCUUGUGCUAUGAACAUGGGGGUUCAAAGACCUGCUAUUCAAUUGUUGUCACUUCACAAUCCUGAUGCAACGGGACCUGCACAAGGCAAACAGACAUGGCAAACUGAAAUGUGCUACCUUCCUGAUCCUAAGUUGCCAUUAAUACUUUAUUCGGUUUUCUUUGUCCUAAGCGUCAUGUGGUUUCUUUACAUGCACUUUCUGCCGCUUAGCUUUAACAAAAAUGUAGCAAGUAAAAUGGGGAAAGCAACUACAGAUACAAUUUCUUCAUUACCUCUACCAGUGAGUUCAUCUUAUGGCCAAAGUUUUCUGAAAACAAAGUACCAUGUCGAUGAAAAACCAAGGAGACCUUUCAAGAAUUUUUUGGCUAAUUAUGCAAUCUUGGCAUUGUUUGUUUGUUCUAUUUUCACCUAUUUUUCUGCAACUAUAUAG